CCACCACGUUUUUUAAGGAAUUCCAGCUUUACCAUUUUCAGGAAUAUAAUUUUCAAUUAUUUGCUAGCCCUAUCUUGAAUAUUCUACCGUAUGAUAAGUCAAAGGGCAGUAAUAUUGGCCACGGUAGAGCGUUCUUCCGUAGUGCCAUGGUAAAACAGUCGCCAGUUACUAGUCGACGCGGCCAUCUUCUAGAAAAAGCUCAUAUUUUCGCUUCCUCCUGUCACUCGGAAAGUAACUGCCGAAUUAAGUGAAUUGUUGGAUAUAAAAAAAAAUGGCAGAAGCUGUGAGCUCAAGUUCUCAAUCUUUUGCGGAUAAACAAGCGGAGCGGAUGAAACGUCUGAGAGAUCUGCACUCGAAGAGGAAUGAAGCGCGUCAACAGAACCACAAGGAAGUCGUUGAAGAGGACAAAAGAAACAAGCUACCAUCAAAUUGGGAAGCACGCAAACGUCAAGCAGACUGGAUCAUGAAAGAUGAGGAAGCAAGGAAAGCGGCGCAAGCUAAUGGAGAAGAUUAUGAUAGAGUGAAACUACUGCAAAUAGAUGCAACGGAAGCUGAGCGUUUAGCCAGGAAGCGAAAGAAAAAAAAUCCAGACCCUGGAUUCGCUGAUUACGAGCAAGCUACCGUUCGACAAUACAAUCGACUUGUUAAAGGUAUCAAACCUAACAUGGAGAAUUAUGAAGCAGCGAGAGAAAAGCUUGGUCCUGCAUUUUACGGUGACAGAAAUACCAUUCUCCAUGGGCUGCAUGAGGAUAAAAAGGAAGCAGUCGAUAGAUUGGUCGAAGAUGUAGAAAAGCAAAUUGCUAAACGAGAGAAAUACAGUCGCCGGAGAAUGCACAACGACGAUGCUGACAUCGACUAUAUCAAUGAAAGGAAUGCGAAAUUCAAUCAAAAACUCGAAAGAUUUUAUGGAGAACAUACUCGUGAAACUAAACUUAACUUGGAACGUGGUACCGCCAUUUAGUGAAUUAUGUUACAUUUUCAUAACAUAAAAAAUUAUAUUUUAUAUCACAACUGCACCUGCAGUUUACUAUACAUGUAAGUAAGUAUUAGCUAUUCAAUUGCCACUCACAGUUUCUGUUUAAUUGAAAAACUCAUCAAACGAAAAAUAAACUAAUAAAACACA